AUGUUAAAAGAAUUCAGUCUUGCUAAUCUCAGCAAAAAAGUUCCACGCCAUUGUUUUGCAUAUUGUAAACGACAAGUGGUCGUCAGUAUGUUUUUAGCAGAUCAACAAACAGCGAGAACCUUACCAGGAUGCACUUUAAAAACGAAGAAUUACAAUGAAAUCAUCAAACAUAAGGAGAUGUUUGAUGAACCUUUUAUUUAUGAAUGCAGAGGACCUGAUCGUGGAAUUAAAAUUUAA